AUGUCAAUGAUACUAAUACUCCAAGCUGAAGACCCGGAGGCGGCGGCAGAGCGGGAGAGGAAGGCCAAGGUGGCGAAGGUUGCCUCGCAGGCGACGAACGCAAUGGCGGCAGUGCGGGCGCAGCUCGAUUUGCGGGAGAAGGGGGCAGCAGACAAGGCCGCGAACAAGGCCAACGACGACGCGGGGGCGCCGGUGAGGGCGUCGUCUACGAUGGUCGAACGAGUGUUCGCCGCCCGCAUCGACGGUCCGGACAGAUACCUCGUGGCUCGACGAAAGGAGCGAAAGACGGCUGCCGGGGCUGGCACUGCUGCCGAUUUGGUGGCGGGCAACCACACGACAGCCCUCGGCUUCGAGCUCACUCUCGACCCUCGCGAUCUCGCCCGGCGCUCGUCGGGCGGCCCGCAAUGA